AUGAAACAAAUAUGCAAUGACUAUCAUAUAACAAAAAUCAAUUAUAUUCCAGAAAUUUAUGAUUACCUGUUCUAUAAAGAAUAUGGAAUUAAAUUAGGCAAGUCUGUUGAUUUUAAAGAAAAUAAAUUUAAAAAUAUCGAUAUUCAUAAAGAAAAUACAAUUUACAGGGUCAUAAUGGAAAAUGACAUAAAAAGAUUCAUUUCAAUCACAGAAAGUGAAGAAUUUGACCAAGAUCAAAAACUAAAAAGCGAUUUAUAUCCAUAUUCUGACUAUGGUUAUACAUUACUUGAAUUGUGUUGUUACCACGGAGCAGUUGAUUGUUUCAAAUUCUUAAGAACAAAAUUUAGCUCUGAAAUAACUCAAAAAUGUCUUCUAUUUUCAUUUUUAGGAGGAAAUCCAGAGAUCAUGAGUGAAUGUUUGAAAUAUCAAAAACCAGAUGAAAAAUGCAUGGAAUAUGCAAUUAUUUCGCACAACAUUGAUUUUGUUACAUUCUUGAUGAAUGAGUACAAUAUAGAAAUCGAUUUAUUUUAUUGUGGUUAUUAUUAUAAUCUUGAAUCAUUUUUAGUUUAUUUCGAUCAAACUAAUGAUUUUAAAAAAUGUUUUGUUUAUUCAGCAAGGUUUGAUGUUUCAUCUCUUUGCAUAUAUUUUUUCUCACUUGGAGCAAAUAUCAAUCAAUGCGAUCAAUUUGGUGAAACUGCUCUUCACCUUGCUGCACAAAAUAAUAAUAAAGAAUUAAUCGAGUUCCUUCUGUCCCAUGGUGUAAAUAUCAAUGAACCAGAUAAUGAAGGAAUUACCGCUCUUCAUAAAGCGGCAUGGAGUUAUAAUAAAGAAACAGUUGAACUUCUUCUUUCGCAUGGUGCAAAUAUCAAUGAUAAAGAUGAUUAUGGAGAACACGUCCUUCAUAUAGCAGUAUGGAAGGCUAACGCAGAAUUAAUCGAACUUCUUCUUUCACAUGGUGCAAAUAUCAAUGAGGGAGAUUUUAAUGGAACAACAGCUCUUCAUAUGGCAGUAGAUAAGAAUAAUAAAGAAAUAACCGAACUUCUUCUUUCACAUGGUGCAAGUAUCAAUAAAAAAAUCAAUUUGGAAAAACCGCUCUUCAUUAUGCAGCCCAAAAUAAUUCUAAAGAAAUCAUUGUACUUCUUCUUUCACAUGGUGCAAAUAUCAAUUAGAAAGAUAAAAAUGGAAGAACAGCACUACAUAUUAUCACAAAUAAUAAAGAAAAAACCCAACAUCUUCUUUCACAUAUUGCAAAUGUCAAAUCAAAAGAUGAAAAUGAAUAAGCAACUCUUCAUAAUUGCAAAGAUUCGGUCAAGAUUAAUUAUUUUUGCCCAAUAUCACUUCGAAUUAUAUCCUGUAUUUUUCAAAUUGUAG